AGAGAGAGAGAGAGAGAUGGGUAGUAUAGAGAUGGACAAGGAGAGAUUGACGGCAGAGAUGGCGUUUAAGGAUUCAUCCUCUGUCGUCAUCAAAAUUCGGACAAGUUUGCCGGACUUUUUACAGUCUGUAAAGCUAAAAUACGUGAAGUUGGGGUAUGGCUAUUCAUGCAACCCCGCCACCGUUUUGAUGUUCCUUGUGGUUUUACCCUUGUCCAUAGCCAUUCUCAUUCAACUCACAGGUCUAAGAUUCGACCGGGUUUCAGAUAUAUGGACUAGUCAAACCGUCUCACUUGAUACAGCCACUACACUAACCGGUUCCAUGGUUCUGAUGUUCCUGUUAGGCUUAUACUGGGCCAAGAGCCCCAGACCCGUCUACCUCGUGGACUUUGCUUGUUACAAACCGGAAGAUGAACGGAAAAUGUCGACUGAAUCAUUCUUGAAGAUGACAGAAGACAGCGGUGCAUUUGAGGAAGACACGGUUCAAUUCCAAAGACGAAUCGCAGCCCGGUCUGGUCUAGGUGAUGAGACAUAUCUACCCAGAGGGAUUACGUCUACACCGCCAAAUUUGUGCAUGAAAGAAGCCCGGUUGGAGGCCGAGGCGGUCAUGUUCGGAGCACUCGACGUACUGUUCAGCAAAACUGGGGUUGAACCGAAUGAUAUCGGAAUUGUGAUCGUAAAUUGCAGCCUAUUCAAUCCAACCCCAUCUCUCUCCUCCAUGAUCAUCAACCAUUACAAGCUUCGACCAGAUAUUAAGAGCUACAACCUCGGCGGAAUGGGCUGCAGUGCAGGCCUUAUCUCAAUCGACCUUGCAAACCAUCUCCUCAAAGCCAACCCCAACACAUACGCAGUAGUUGUGAGUACUGAAAACAUCACACUCAAUUGGUACUUUGGGAAUGAGCGUUCUAUGCUUCUUUGCAACUGUAUCUUCCGUAUGGGUGGAGCAGCCAUGCUUCUUUCAAACAAAGCUCGAGACCGUGCCCGGUCCAAGUAUGAGCUGGUCCACACGGUUCGAACCCAUAAAGGCGCAGAUGAAAAUAGCUACAACUGUGUGUACCAAAGAGAAGAUGAGACAGGUACAGUAGGUGUUUCACUUGCUCGUGAGUUAAUGGCGGUGGCAGGUGACGCUCUUAAAACGAACAUAACUACAUUGGGCCCUCUGGUCUUGCCAUUAUCAGAACAAUUUAUGUUUUUUGUUACGUUGGUUCGGAAAAAGGUUUUCAGAGCUAAGGUGAAGCCAUAUAUACCCAAUUUUAAGCUAGCUUUUGAGCACUUUUGCAUACAUGCCGGUGGUCGAGCUGUGCUGGACGAGUUGCAGAAAAAUUUACAACUCACCGAGUGGCACAUGGAGCCUUCAAGAAUGACUCUGCACCGGUUUGGGAACACAUCGAGCAGCUCGUUGUGGUAUGAAUUGGCUUACACGGAGGCAAAAGGCCGUGUUUCAAGAGGCGACCGGGUAUGGCAGAUUGCGUUUGGGUCUGGUUUCAAGUGUAACAGCGCGGUUUGGAAGGCCCUCAGGGAGAUUUCUGCUACUGAUCAGUGCAAUGGUAUUGGUAACCCCUGGGCUGAUUCGGUCCAUAGGUAUCCCGUUAAGGUUCCCGUUACAUAGAAUGGUCCACGUGGACUAUCCCCUCCCAGAGCACUAGCAGAUUCACCACCACCACAGAAAGAGAGAGAUUAUGAUUUCUGGGAUCCUUAGUUUUCUUUUUUCUUUUACUUUUUAUAAAUUAAGACAAAAAUGUUUGGAACGUUAAUGCAUUAUUUUGGGUGGUCAACGCAUUCAUAUUUAC